AACCAAUAUUAUUUGCAGAAACUGAAACAGGUGAUUUUCACAAAAAAUUUCGAUUUGUACAAUUUGCAUGAUUUUCAUUUAAUUUUACUCCUACAAAGUCAUCAGAUUGUUGAUCGUUCACAAAUGAAGUAAAAUUUCUGUUUAUCGUUUUGGAGAGACUUGUUCAAGAAUCAAGUGCAUUCAGCAAUAUUUAUACAAGCCGUUUCAAUCACAAUAACUAAUUAUUUAUCAUGAAGUUCUUCAAAGCCCAUAUUUAUUUCAAAUAAGCUAUUUUUUGUGAUCUAUUCAAAAAAUAUCACAUUUAUAAAUCAUAAUCAAACUUCUUCACAAUUUUACCGCUCAAAUUUACUGUCACACCUGAUAUAUUGGCUCUUUAUUGUCCUUUACGAUCGUGGGUUAAAAAUGGAGGCGGAGCAGGAGCAAUUUCAGCAAAUUUUGACAAGUCUUCUGAGUUCUGAAAAUGCAAUUAGAAGCCAAGGAGAGGAGGCUUACAACAAUAUUCCACUUGAUAACAAAGUAGUUUACCUGCUGAAUGUGAUCACAAAUCAGAACGAUGACGAAGCAAAGAGAGUCAUGGCCACAGUGCUGCUGCGCCGUAUCUUCUCCAUUCAGUUCACCGACUUCUAUCCAAAGUUGUCGGAAGACAGCCAACGGCAGCUGAAGGCGCGUCUGCUGGUGACGAUUCAGUCUGAGCAGUCGGACACAGUGCGCAAGAAGGUGUGUGACAUCACGACCGAGGUGGCUCGCAACCUGAUCGACGACGAUGGCAACAACCUCUGGCCGGAGUUCCUGCAGUUCAUGUUCGAGAAUGCCAACUCGCCCGCGCCUGCGCUCCGCGAGGCCGCACUUCACAUGUUCACAUCAGUGCCGGGUGUAUUUGGCAACCACCAGUCCAAUUACUUGGAUGUUAUCAAACAGAUGUUGCAGCGAUCUCUGGAGGAUGCUACCUCCUACAGUGUGCGCUUCCAGGCGGUACGCGCAGUGUCGGCGUUCGUGCUGUUACACGACAAAGAGGCGCAGAUCCAGAAGCACUUUUCCGACCUGUUACCCAUCUGCCUUCGCGUCUGCGCAGAGUCUGUCGAGCGUAUGGACGACGACGCACUGCUCAAGUGCUUCAUUGAGCUGGCCGAGACCACGCCAAAGUUUCUGCGCGCGCAUGUCGAAAACAUUGUGCAUCUUGGCAUGAAUGUGCUGACGAACGAGUCACUGGACGACCCGUGGCGCCAUCUUGGUUUGGAGGUGAUCGUGACCCUGGCAGAGACUGCGCCGGCCAUGAUGCGCAAAGAGGCCGGCAAGUACAUCCCUGUCCUGGUGCCCGUCAUACUCAAGAUGAUGACUGACAUCGAGGAGAUCGAGAACUGGAGUGUCAGUGACGAGGUCGCCGAGGACGACAAUGACAGCAACAACGUGGUGGCCGAAUCGGCACUAGACCGUCUGGCAUGCGGUUUGGGUGGCAAGACUAUUCUGCCGCACAUUGUCAACAACAUUCCGUCGAUGCUGUCCAAUCCGGACUGGAAGUUCCGCUACGGUGCACUGAUGGCCAUCUCAGCCGUAGGCGAGGGCUGUCACAAGCAGAUGGAGGCCAUGUUGCCGCAGAUCAUGGACGGAGUGCUCUCCUUCCUCAGCGACGCGCAUCCACGUGUCAGGUAUGCAGCAUGUAACGCGAUUGGUCAGAUGAGCACAGAUUUUGCGCCAACCUUCGAAAAGAAAUUCCACGAGAAUGUGAUUCCCGGCCUGUUGAUGGUGCUCGAGGAUAAUGACAACCCCAGGGUACAGGCUCAUGCUGGUCAGUACAUAUAUUAUAUUCCAUUUCUUUUAAUAUUAUUAAUCACCUCAAUACCACUUCCUACCGACAACAAAUUCAAAGAGUUGGUUGAGAAAGGAACAAAACACGUUUUGGAACAAGUUGUGACAACCAUUGCUUCGGUUGCCGACACUUCCGAGGAACAGUUUGUGGCCUACUAUGAUAGAUUGAUGCCCUGCCUUAAAUACAUAAUAAUGAAUGCCAACACAGAUGAACUGAAAAUGCUGCGUGGUAAGACGAUAGAGUGCGUCAGUUUGAUUGGACUGGCUGUUGGGGCCGAAAAGUUUAUGAACGAUGCUAGUGAAAUAAUGGACAUGUUGUUGAAAACUCACACUGAAGGAGACCUUCCCGAUGAUGAUCCACAGACCUCCUAUCUCAUUUCAGCCUGGGCUCGUAUUUGUAAAAUCUUGGGAAAGCGCUUCGAACAGUACUUGCCACUGGUGAUUGGUCCGGUGAUGCGGACGGCCUCCCUCAAACCGGAAGUGGCCCUGGUCGACAACGACGAAAUGGACGACGUUUCCGGUGACAUCGACUGGCAGUUUGUGUCACUCGGCGAGCAACAGAACUUUGGCAUUCGAACCGCUGGUCUUGAAGACAAGGCGUCAGCGUGCGAGAUGCUGGUCUGCUACGCGCGUGAACUGAAGGAGGGAUUUGCUGAGUAUGCAGAACAGGUGGUGAAACUCAUGGUGCCUAUGCUCAAGUUCUACUUCCACGACGGAGUUCGAACGGCAGCUGCGCAGAGCAUGCCAUGUUUGCUCGAGUGUGCGCAGAUCAAAGGUGCUCAGUUUGUGCAAGGCAUGUGGCAGUUUAUCUGUCCCGAACUGAUCAAGGCCAUCGACACAGAACCAGAGGACGAUGUUAUCACAGAACUCAUGUAUUCCCUAGCUAAGUGUAUAGAAUUCCUGGGCAACGGAUGUUUAACGGAAGAGGCAAUGCAGGAAGUUCUGAAAAUUCUAGACAAACUUCUAAAGGAGCACUUCAAUCGGGCCGUCGAACGGUUAGAAAAGAGAAAAGACGAAGACUAUGACGAGGUAGUGGAAGAACAACUACUUGAUGAAGACAGCGACGAUGUAUAUAUUCUAAGCAAGGUGGCUGAUAUUAUCCACGCCCUAUUCACCGCCUACAAGGCUGACUUUUUCCCAUACUUCGACCAGGUUGUGGAACAUUUCGUGAAAAUGCUCGGUGCUGACAGGUCGUGGUCAGACCACCAGUGGGCACUGUGCGUGUUUGACGACGUGAUAGAGUUUGGCGGGGCGGCGUGUGCCAAGUACCAGGGAGUGUUUCUGCAGCCGAUGCUGGCAUUGGUCACAGACAAGUCACCCGAAGUCAGGCAGGCGGCCGUCUACGGCUGCGGUGUGCUCGGCCAGUUUGGCGGACCCGCAUUUGCCGCGACGUGUGCUGAAGCCAUUCCGAGAUUAGUUGAAGUAAUAAAUGACGCCGAAGCGAAAGCACCCGAAUACGUUCACCCGACAGAAAACGCUGUGUCAGCAGUCACCAAAAUACUCAGGUUUAACCACUCCGCCAUCAAUAGGGACGAAAUUCUACCACACUGGCUAAGCUGGCUGCCGGUAUGGGAAGACGCAGACGAGGCGCCCCACGUGUACGACUACCUGUGCGAGCUGAUGGAGGCCAACCACCCUGUCAUCCUGGGCGCCAACAACGCCAACCUGCCCCGUCUGGUCGCCAUCAUGGCUGAGGCCUUCGCCAAGGAGGCGGUGGCGCCCGGCAGCGACGUAGCCAAGCGCAUGCUGAUCAUCGUGCGUCAGCUGCAGGGAAGCGGCGAAAUGUUCCAGGCGUGCGUAGCGCAGCUGACACCCGAGCAGCAGGUCUGCCUCCACGAAGCACUGAGCGGUGCUGCCAACUGAACAGACAAACAUUUCCCAACCCGAACACCAUCACCAACAACAUUUACCACCAGAUUGCAUCGACACGCUAAAUCGUUGGCCUCUAAAUUUUUAAUCUACCUAUUGAGAUACGCCUCUCCUUCUCCACUCUAUUUGGCAAGAGUGUUAGGUUAGACCUAACCUAACCUUAAAUUUGUGGGAAAGUUGGUUGGGUUGGGUUGGGUUGGUUCUAGCUGAAGAUGAAAUUAGCCUCAAAAUUUUGAAUCUAAGAGAUUAACUCCAAGUUUGAGGUAUGCAAACAGUUGUUAUAUUAACAAAUUGUUAUAGUUACAUGAAAUGAGCAGGAAUAUGUUUAUGAUUGUUUUUGAGAGGAUAGAAUAGAAAUUGUUUUCAUACAUGAUCAUGGGGAAAAUUGAGUUGCAGCAUAAUACUAUUACCGUAACCAAUAUUGAAGAAUCUGUUCCUACAAAAAAUACCAAAAUAGAGGAAGUAGGAAUGAAAUAAUAAGAGUGAAAUGUCUCAAACUUUAAACUUGAACAUUAAACAACAACUUCAUCGGUUCAGCUAUUGUCUUGACCAUUUGUUAAUUUAUCUGUCAUCUUUAAUUGAUCAAAUCCACUUUACUCUAAACAACUUUGGUUGGGGUGGCAUAACUGGCUUUGACUCGAGGAUGAGAACUGGAUUGACAAAGGCAAUUUAAAUAAUUCCGAGACAGAUUCGGUCAUUGAAAUCAAUGACGUUUGCUAAUCCGCCUCGGAGUUCUUUAUAUUGCUUUUUUCAAUCCAGUUAUGGACAGAUGGUUGAGAGAAACAUUGUUCUGCUCAAUAUAUGUUGUUCUGCUCAUAAUAUACAAUAUUAUGUGGCCCUCCGUUCCUCACAAUCGACAUGAGUCAGUCGAAAUAUUAUCGAACUUGUCCAGCUGCUUACGAAAAAGUAUUCUCCUGCAACUAUUUUCAAAGAUAUUGUUGCUAUGUUCUAUUGAAGAUUGAGAUGAAGAUACAGAGAUAAUGUACCGGAAAAUACUCUCACUUCUCAACAACUUACGUUACUUUACAUAAUUGAAUACAUAACUAAAUACAAUAGUUGAACAAAAUACAAUUGAUAUUAUUUCAAGAUUGUUUGGUGUAUUAUCAGCAAAUUAUUAGUUAUAGUAUAUUACAAAGGAACACGUCCAUCUUUAGCUCUGACUAACCUAACCUAACCUUAAAUCUGAUGAAUUUUCGAUUUGUGAUGUCCAUGUAUAAGUCUUGUUUAAUAUGUCAAUCGACACUGUUAUCUGCAUUGUUUACUGUGAUUUUCUAAUAUGAAUUAGCUUUUUAAAUCUAAUAUUGAUGGCCAGUGACUGGUAGGAAGUGAUAAGUGAGGUAGGAAGAGACAAAAUUUAACAAUUUCGGCACACUUCAAAUUCUGGGUGCGGACUUGACCCACACAUUAUAUUGUUGAAUAUAAUAUCGAUAUGCUUCUUAUGUAUUUUUGAUGAAAGAUAAUAAAAUAGUUUUGUUAUUAAUUGACGCUUAAUGAAGUUUUUAAA